CAUGACAGGAAGGACCUGCCUCCAGACGGAAAACAGCCUGUCUGAUGUUUCUACAGAAUAUGGUCAGGCUGCCCCAGGAGCACAAGCAAGAAAAAUAGCAAGACUCACCAUGGUCCCCAUGCUGAGAAUGCUGCUCUGUCUUGGACUGAGUGUGGGACAGAAGACUGCAGUCCUGGCAGAAACCCUCACAAAGCCCAAAAUCUGGGCUGAGCCACACUCUGUGAUCGCCAUGUAUGCACCUGUUACUAUUUGGUGUCAGGGGUCCUGGGAUGCCAAGGAGUACCAUUUGCUUAAAGAGGGAAGAACGGAUCUUUGGGACAGACAAUACCCUCUGGAAAGCUUGGACAAGGCUAAGUUCCAUAUUAAACAGAUGACAGUGGACUUUGCAGGGAUAUAUAAGUGUAACUAUAAGAGCCCUGCUGGCUGGUCAGAGCACAGUGACACCCUGGAACUUGUGCUAACAGGAGCCUAUCAUAAACCAAGCCUGUCUGUUUGGCCCGGUCCUGCUGUGACCUUAGGAGAGACCAUAACCAUGCAGUGCAGCUCAUUGCUGGGAUUCGGCACAUUCUCUCUGAUCCAGGAAGGAAAGCACCACCUCCAAUGGAUCCUGGACUCACAGCAAAGUGCCAAUAGGGAGUUUCAAGCUCAUUUUGUUCUGGACCCUGUGACCACCAUCCACAAUGGUACAUUCAGAUGCUAUGGCUGUUUUAGGAACCGACCCCAGGUGUGGUCAAAAUCAAGUGACUCCCUUCACCUCUUGGUCUCAGAAUCCAAGGACCAGUCUCCCACCCACACUGAGAAUGGAUUGGGAAGGUACCAGAAGGUUCUCAUUGGAGUCUUGGUCAGCCUCCUCCUGCUUUUCUUCCUCCUUAUUCUUCUCAUCCUCUUCCGAUAUCAGUGCAAAGGCAAAGAGAAGAACGCAGUUCUUGCAGACCAAAGGGAGACCAACUUGCAACUUCUUGAAGGGGAUACAGACCCAACAGCCAGAGAUAGACUUCCUCAGAAGAGAUCCGGCCCAGAUGCUGCCAUCAAGGAAGAAAACCAGUAUGCUUCUGCAAUGGACCCACAACCUGAGGAGACUGUAGAGCUGGACAGUUGGAACCCAUCUGAUGAAGAACCCCAAAGAAUUGUGUAUGCCCAUGUGAAACCCUCCAGGCUUCAUAGAGCAGGAAGUACCUCUCCUUCCCCACUGUCAGGAAAAGUACUGGACAUGAAGAAUAAUCAAUCAGGAGAGAACAGAGAGAUGUACUCUCAGGUAGGUUCUGUUCAUUCCAGCUCCACAAGUUGCCAGUGCCAAGCACAUACCUUCCUCCAACUCUGUCCCACUCCAGGCUACUACAUCCAAGGAACCGCAGAAUGUGACCUAUGCCCAGUUAUGUAGAAGGACACUGGAAUAAAACCAGUAAGAAGCCAUAAAAGAAAAAAGACUGUAACCCCACAUUCCACGGACAGAAACUAAGGACAUCUGAGAUAAUAUUUGUUCCUAGUGCACUCUGUAUAAUGAAUGUCAGCCAUCAUGCAUACUUCAUGUAUCAUCAAGAGACUCUCAGAACUUUGGGUGCCCUCUUGAUUCUUUGGUCAGAGAUAACCAAUGACCUUACAUUUUGUAAAUAAAGCCAAUCCUUCUCAAUAAACAAUUCGUGAAAUGAGAAAAAAUGAA